UCUCUCUCUGUCUCUCUCUCUCCCUCUCUCUCCCUCUCUCUCUCUCUCUCUCUCUUUCUCUCUCUCUCACACACACACACACACACACACACACACAGACACACUAAUUAAACUGUGUGUAAAGUGCUCUGGUAUUUCUACACAAAGCUCCUCCCUUUGUAAACACCAGCCCUGGAGUCAGUUCAUGAGAUCCUCGCCUGCACCUGCUGGGAAAACGAUGAUACAAGAUCAAAGAUCGUUAGCUUCAAGAAACUUUUGGAUCGGUUUAAUCGAGGUUAAACACGCCUCUGGUCAUCACCUAUGUUGUUUUUAAUACAUAUAUUUGGACGAUGACAACGUUAUCGUGUGCGGAGGAGAUCAUGCUGGAGAUUUCCGGAUCUCGGGAUUUCAAAGUUACACCAGCUUCUGUUUGUAAAACUUUCCAGGAACCUUCAUACUGGUGGGUUGGUGCAACUGGAACUGGUUUUUAUUAGACACUUCUAGAAGGUGGUAAGUAGAAGGUACUGUAUGCUGUAGAGCUUUCAGACUGAGGUUUUGUCUGGAAGCUUUGGAUCACGACGAUCAUCUUAUAUAUGUCCAAGAAGCUUCAGAUCGGUGUGGUGGUGAUGUUACUCAAAACUGGUUCCUUUGAGUAAAUUAAGAAGGUAUGCUGUAGAUCUUUCUGAAGAUCUUCAAUCUGAGGUUUCUAGAAAAAAAAAAGUUACAAAGUUUAUCUUCUCACGAAUUUUCCGGCAAUAUCCGCACGUGUGUGUCAGUGCUACUGAAAAUAAUUUUUGCUAGACACUUCUAGAAGGUGGUAACGUAGAAGGUGUAAUGUAGAUCUUUCAGAAGCUCUUUGGACUGAGGUUCCACCCAGGAUCUUUGGACAACAGAAGUUUCUUCAGGAGAUCAUUUUGAAGACUGAAUCUUAGAAUUGUACAGAGAUUAAAUUAGCGUAAGUAAAGUCACCCGACAUCUUCUACAAUGGCCGAUUCUUCUCCAUCGCCGUUCUCCGUUUGGUUCUCUCAGCUCUCUGACACCAUUAAAGACUCCUUCCUUAGUCUCGGCCCCAAACCUGACUCUGGCCCCAAGCCUGAGGUCACAGAGGUGAGCGACUCUGAGGUGGACGUCUCAUCUAUGAGUUCUGAUGAGAAGCUUCAGUUCCUGCAAGCUCAGCUGGCUUCCAGAGGUCUGAUAGAGCUGUCACAUGAUCGCUUGACCCCCAUUAAUGAGGAAAUGGAUGAGGUGGAGAGCAGGAGAAGCGCCAUGUCGUCACGUCCACCCAGUGCUUUUGAGAACUCAGUCUCUGUGGAGUUAAGAGCUUCUUCAGCAGUGAACAGUUAUGGGGAUGAUGGUGAGAUCUCCAGUUCCUCCGACAGCGAGGAUGAGAUCGUGAGACGUUUCGAGAUCUCAGUCUCGCGUUCUCAGAGUUUUCGCUCUGGGAUCUCAGAGGUCACGACCCAGAGUGCAAUGGGGCGACAGCGGAAGUUUGAACGACUACGUCCUGAGCAGGCGGAGGAGGAGGAGGAGGAGGGCUGCACCGAACCGUCAGACUGUGAAGAUGGAGUUAGCAGGAGAAGUUUCCAGGACCCGCUGUCUGAACAGAGAGAUCCUCUGACAGAUUCACUGUACCAGAGGGACCUCAGCGUGGCGGAGACUCCGUCUGUGAGAGGACGCGUGUCCUCUGUGGGCUCUCAGGGAUCUGAGACGCUGUCCCGGGGUCACAGGAGCCGUCAGGGGAGCUCAGGACGCCGGACUCCUCUCUCACACAGGGAGACGGAAAUGGCAAUGGAUAAUCCAGGGUACGAUUACAAUGAGGCUACAGACAGCUCGUCUACAUGGAGCCCUGAGCAUGAACGUGCAGCCAGCGUCAUCUCCGAGCCCCGCCCCUCUGUCUCAUCACCCCGCCCACCGAUCUCCAAAUGCGGUGACCUUGUGGUCGUCCUGAAUUACCGUCCCGAAUCCUAUAAGCUCCUGGUCACCGUGGUGAUGGCGCAGGACAUCCCGGAUAAAGCUCGAAGUGGCAUGGACGCGUGGCAGGUGCGUGUGGUGCUGAUCCCGGGAAAACGCCAGCGCUACAAGACGGCCGUGCAGAGGGGAUCGACGCCACGGUUCGGGGAGACGUUCCGUUUCACGAGACUCGAGGCGCCGGAGCUGAACACAUCGGCGCUGCGUUUCCGUCUGUACGCUCUGGGCAAGAUGAACCGGGAGAGAAUGAUGGGAGAAACCAUAUACACACUUAACAAACUGAACACUGAGAGACUCGAGGUCACACUCGUAUUGGAACCUCGCAGCAACCUGAAGGCUUUAGACUCAGAGCUGUGUGUGAGCGCCGCUCCUGAUGGCGUCUCCUCCAGCCAGUCUCUCUCUCACGGUGGAGUUCCUGAGCUGCUGCUUGGUCUGUCCUACAACCCCACCACCGGGCGCCUCUCUGUCGAGGUCAUCAAAGGGAGCCACUUUCGCAACCUGGCUCUCAACCGCCCACCGGAUACGUACGUGAAGCUGACUCUGCUCAACUCAACGGGGCAGGAGAUCUCUCGGUGUAAGACGUCGGUGCGGCGCGGACAUCCCAACCCCGUGUUCAAGGAGACGUUCGUCUUCCAGGUGGCGCUGUUCCAGCUCUCCGACGUCACGCUCAUGGCGGCCGUGUACAACCGACGCAACAUGAAGCGCAAGGAGAUGAUCGGAUGGCUGGCGCUCGGCCAGAACAGCAGCGGCGAGGAGGAGUCGCUUCACUGGCAGGACAUGAAGGAGAGCAGCAACCAGCAGGUGUGCAGGUGGCACGCUCUCCUCGAGGCGUAGACGGACAGACGGAGGAGGAUAACGACGGGAACCCAACAGCGUCGACAGGGUCGGGCUUAGCAAGAGAUAACGAGUUACAAUCACACGGGCGGAACGAAUCGAAACGACUCUCAAAAGUUGAUCCUUUCAUUGUUAUUAAUAUUAUUAGAAGUAAAUCCUCUUUCCUAUUGUUCUGUUAACACAGUGUGCUCAUGUGUCAUGGCUUCCACCGUCGUCGUUCCUCGCACUUCACGAGUACUUCAGCUCCGUCGUGUCAUACCUUCAGAAUCUGGAGCUCUUACUGUAGCUCUCAGCCACUUGGCCUAGAAAUGAAAGAGCUUUGGUUUGUGUUUUGUUGAGUUUUUUUUGUUUGAGAACGUUGAGCUGGCUUUCCGAGAAGAUGUUGGUUUUCCAUCAAGUCUUGUUGUGACGAAUAAUCUGAAGUGGAGGAAGAAGAAGAAGAUGACAUCAUUAGAAGAUAAAGAGCCAAAUACACACAUGGGGAUGGAAAGACUGCGCCACACACACACACACACACACACACUCUCUUUACACACUCUCUUCUCUUUCUGCAAAUUGUAGGCAUAUUUACACAAAUAUGAUAUGAGAUUAGAUUAUUAAGCCUCUUGCGAUUUGGACUGAAACGCUGAAUUUCUUUCCAGCGAGAGGUAGAUGAGUAUUUUUAUCGAAGCUUAACGCCUUCCGAUGUUAUUCCCCUCAAUCCGUUCUUCUCGAACCCUCCUCACGAAGCCCUGAGUGCCCGAGGUCACGUAUGGUCUUGACGAGGUCACCUACAGUACCUAGCAACCCUUAGCAACCACAUUCACAUGCUACACAAUGAAAUAAUAAUACUUCAGUAGCGUCACCUGUUGCCCCGUAGAUUUCAGCCUAAUACGCUACAAACCCGGUUGUGUUGAUUCUGUCGGAUUUCUGGUGUGAGGUGAAAAUGCUUUAAAGCAAGAUUUGAUUCUUGCUUGAAAUCUGCUGGAGAAAUUCUGCUGAAAUAUGCAAGUGAUGUUUCGUCACAGCAUGAGAUAUGGAUACGCCAAUCCCUCUCUCUCUCUCUCUCUGUCUCUGUCUGUCUCUCUCUCUCUCUCUCUCUCUCUCUCACAAACACACACACACUGGCGUAUGGAUACGCCAAUCCCUCUCUCUCUCUCUCUCUCUCUCUCACACACACACACACACACACACACACACACACACACACACACACACUGGCGUAUGGAUACGCCAAUCUCUCUCUCGCUCUGUCUCUGUCUGUCUCUCUCACACACACACACUCUCUCUCUCUGUCUCUCACACACACACACACACUGGCGUAUGGAUACGCCAAUCCCUCUCUCUCUCUCUCUCUCUCUCUCACACACACACACACACACUGGCGUAUGGAUACGCCAAUCUCUCUCUCUCUCUCUCUCUCUCUCUCUCUCUCUCACACACACACACACUCUCUCUCUCUCUCUCUCUCUCUCUGUCUCUGUCUGUCUCUCUCUCUCUCUCUCACACACACACAAACACACUGGCGUAUGGAUAUGCCAAUCUCUCGCUCUCUCUCUCUGUCUCUGUCUGUCUCUCUCUCACACACUCUCUCUCUCUCUCUCUCUCUCUCUCUGCAUCAAUCACAAAUACUGAACUUUUAGGACGACGGAAGACGGAAAGAGGAAGUGUUACGGAAGCGCAUGCAGUAAUACAACAUCAGUGAUUGUGUCUUUGUUCAUCUCCAGCUGUCCUUUACUCCCAGUCGGCUUUUACAGAUCCAUCUUAUCACAUCUCCAGGAAGUGACAUCACAACGCAGCUCAAUUUGGAGAUUCUCUCUCUCUCGCAAUCUCUCUCUCUCUCUCUCUCUCUCUCUCUCUCUCUCUCUCUCUCUCACUCUCAGUCUCAUUAUAGCUGCUCGAACACUUAUCGCCGUCUCCUGAUUGCAUGAAUGGAAGCUUAAUUUUCGGCUUCAGACGAACUCGCUCCAGCUCGACAGCCGCGUCUGCUGUUGCUGGGCGUUCAGGGAAAAAAAAUCUGCAUGACGGUGGACAUGUGGUGAUGAUGCUUUCUGCAUUCAUUUGACAAAAACUGUUCACGUUGACUGUUCAGCUGUUAAUGAAAUGUCCAGAGUGUAAAGUAAAAUGCUUAGCAAAGAAGUUAAUAAGUAACAUCAUUUAUAUUUCUCCUAGUGGAUCGAUCAGGAACCAGAGCGCUACCUUGUUCUCUCUCCAUCUGUCGAUUGAUUUCCUAUAACAACAGAUUAAAAAAUACGUCUUUAGUAACGUGACGAGCUGCAGGGGGGUUUAACUGUAUUAAGUUAAAAGAGCAUGAGACAAAAGUUCUUUCAUGAAUAAAAAAAUGAUUCGUGUUUGAAAAUCAUCACGGUGGGAAAAUAAAUCACUUCUGGAUGUGACAUUAUAAGAAAAAUAAUCAACCUCCUGUUCCUUAUGUACUGUACCGACAUGUUACGUUGUCAUGGAUGCCUUGAUGUCACAGUAUGAAAACUAGCCUCGUUUUUGUGUAUAAGCUGCACCACAAAAGUCACGAGUGUUUACAUGUUUUUUACAUCCUGACCCUUGCGGCCGGCUGUCCUGCAUGUCUGGAACCUACAGAGGAGCUGAAAUGUUCCCUAACGCAUGUCUUGUGCUCUACAUGAAUAUGACGUGCCUGUAUUUGUUUUGGUUUAUGGAGCAGAAGCAGGUUUCAUGUAUUAGAUGACUGUGUGUUACGCCUGCAUGCAGUGUUUGAACGGAUUUAACCGUUAUUACGUCGGCUCUAUAGACUGUUAUAUAGAUGCAUGCGAAUGUCUGUGUGUGUGUGUGUGUGUAUAUCCCAGUGUUUUUAUUUCAAAAUAUAUAUUUUUGUCUUUCAGUAAACUUGUAGUCAUGUUUUCUUUUAAUAAACACAAUCCUGGGAGUUCCAUAACAA